AUGAAACCUCCGGCGAUGUUCAUGAAUCGGGUGUCUCCGAUGGAUGACGGGCCCAGGGAAGGGGGAGGGGAGACGGCAAGCAGUCAGCCGAAUCACCAAGUACUCACAGUGGAACAAGACAACACCGGUAACCGGGCAAGGAGUGAGAUGGACGUCCUUCAGUCUGUCCUCGACAUGCCGUCAAACGCUCCAAAGAAACGGCGUUCUUCCAUGUCGGCAGCCAUCGGUGCAGCGUUUACCCGGGAGAACCUAUUCCACGCCUCGGAGAAAGAAUACGUCAAGAAGAUCUACCGUAGCGACAAAGCAUUGAAGGAAGAACAACAACGUCAGCAAAACAUCGAUCGGUUCGUCAUCCAUCCUUUCAGCAACUUCAGGUGGUACUGGGACCUACUGAUGGUUCUUCUGAUGGCGAUCACCCUAGUCAUCCUGCCUAUCAAUAUUGCCUUCUUUAGUGAGCAGUUCUCCCUUCAGUGGAGCCUGAUGAACUGCUUCACGGAUAGUUUCUUCAUGGCGGACAUCGUUCUCAACUUCUUCACCGGGGUCGUCCACCACCAAAACGAGGAGGUGAUUUUGGAUCGGAAGAAGAUAGCUAUCAAGUACCUGUGUGGAUGGUUUCUCGUAGAUUUACCGUCCUCGUUUCCGAUGGAUUAUUUCUAUCUCAUCUUCAACGGAGACUCCACGUUCAACGAGACCGCUCUCAAACUCCGUGCACUCCGGUUGGCGAAGGUUCUUAGCAUCCUGCGUCUUCUACGCCUAACACGUCUGCUACGAUACGUUCACCGACUGGAAGAGGUUCUGAACAUUGAGGGCGCUGUGAUCCGCAUCGUCAACCUCGUUCUCGUCGUGUUGGUAAUGAUCCACUGGAAUGGCUGUGUACAGUUUCUAGUUCCUUUCUUCCAGGGGUUCCCAAAGGACAGUUGGGUCGCAAUCAGCGGGCUUGAGAAUGCCAGCAAGUGGGAGCAGUACUCGUGGUCUUUCUUCAAGGCGAUCUGUCACAUGUUGAGCAUAGGCUUCGGUCAGCAUCCACCGCAUAACCUCACUGAGAUGUGGUGUGCAACCUUGAGCAUGAUGCUAGGCGCAACCUUCUACGCUCUCUUCAUUGGUCAUAUGUCCACCCUCCUGUUGUCCAUUGACGCUUCCGGACGCAUCUACAACGAAAAGAUAAACCAGGUCAAGGAAUACAUGAGGUAUCGUAAGAUACCAGCGGAAACCCAGGCACGUGUACUGAAUUAUUAUGAACACCGUUACCAGCGAAAAUACUUUGACGAGGCCGCCAUCUUGCGCCAACAGUCGACUCCAUUGCGAAGGGAAAUUGUACAGCACCACCUUCGUUCACUCGUCAAAAAGGCAGAGUUCCUUAGUAAAUGCAGCCCUAGUUUCGUCAUUGAUCUGAUCGAAAAGCUCCACUUCGAGGUAUAUUUAGCCGGUGACGUCAUCAUCAAGGCUGGUAGCCGCGGCAAUGCAAUGUACUUCAUCGAACACGGAACCGUUAAAAUCUGCGUGGAUGAUCGGGUAGUUGGUACCCUGCAGGACGGAGACCACUUUGGUGAAAUUUCAUUGUUAAUUGAUGAACGCCGAGUUGCGUCCGUGUUGGCGGACUCCACGUGCGAUCUUUACAGGCUAGGGAAGGCCGACUUCGAAGACGUUCUUGAGGAAAACCCGGAGAUGCGUGGAAUUAUGUCGGAGGUUGCCAAAGAUCGUCUCCGCAAAAUCGGAGCCAGUGUUCCAAUAGAAGAGGAGGAGGAGGAGGAGGAAAAAGAACUUUCCGCAGUCGGGUAAAAUAUGAAAAAAACACAAUUACAAAUUAUUCUG